UAUGACGCAAACAUGCCUCGACUUGAGGGGCAUCUAAACAGCUAAACAUGGCCCUGUUCGCAUACAGCAGACUGUCACAUUUACUGAAAAUAUCAGUUUAUAAAUCUUCGGUUUUACGAACGGGGAGCGAAAUAAAACAUGGAGCUACGUGCUGUGUACAGUUUAAACGCUGCCAGAGGUCAGUGGACAGUAAGGCAUUGCAGGAGAGGCAGAGGCAGCAGAUGGCCCGAGGUCUCCCCAAACAGAAGCCCAUCCCAGGGGUCAAGCAAGUCAUUGUUGUGGCUUCAGGAAAAGGUGGUGUUGGGAAGUCCACUACUGCAGUGAAUUUGGCUCUAGGAUUAAUGGCCAAUGACAUGUCAAAGUCUGUGGGUCUGUUGGAUGCCGAUGUGUUUGGUCCAUCGAUUCCCAAACUUAUGAACCUGAAAGGAAACCCAGAGCUCAGUGACAAUAAUCGGAUGAUCCCCCUGACCAACUAUGGGGUUCCUUGCAUGUCUAUGGGUUUUCUGGUUGAUGAUGUGGCUCCGAUAGUGUGGCGGGGGCUCAUGGUGAUGUCUGGUAUAGAGAAACUGCUCAGACAGGUGGACUGGGGGUCGUUGGACUAUUUGGUAGUGGACAUGCCUCCUGGGACUGGAGACGUCCAGCUGUCGAUCACCCAGAACAUCCCCAUAGCAGGUGCGGUUAUUGUGUCCACGCCGCAGGACAUCGCUCUGCUGGAUGCUCGCAGAGGAGCCGAGAUGUUUAAGAAAGUGAACGUGCCGGUUCUGGGUCUGGUUCAGAACAUGAGCGUCUUCCAGUGCCCCAAAUGCAAUCACGAGACCCACAUCUUCGGCUCUGAUGGGGCCCGACAGCUUGCAGACACUUUGGGAGUCACAUUUUUAGGUGACAUCCCUCUUCACAUAACCAUCAGAGAGACAUCAGACAGAGGACAGCCAGUGGUCAUCUCUUCUCCCAACAGCCCUGAGGUCUCUGUUUGAAUC